GGCUGCAGAUAGAUCCUCAUAUCUUGGCGUAUUGCAACCUUUUUAAAAUGUCCUUGCAGAGGAAAUCAAAAAUCCAUUCCUCAGGGGGUCCUGUCUACUCGUCCUCGGGUUACAAGAAGGCAGACGAUGAGAUGUCCGGAGCAACGUCCAGUGCUGACCUGGGGGACACAGCUACCCGCAUCAUCCUUCUCAACCUGCCCCAGACCUGCAAGUUCAGGGACAACAGAGUCAGCACAGCCAAGUACAGCGUGUUAACUUUCCUACCUCGAUUCCUCUACGAACAGAUCAGGAAAGCUGCCAAUGCAUUCUUCCUCUUCAUUGCCUUACUACAGCAAAUACCUGAUGUUUCACCAACAGGAAGAUACACCACUCUGGUGCCCUUAAUUUUCAUUCUCACAGUGGCUGCCAUUAAAGAAAUCAUUGAAGACUAUAAAAGGCACAAAGCAGACAAUACUGUUAAUAAAAAGAAAACCAUAGUGCUAAGAGGAGGUACUUGGCAGAGUGUGAUUUGGAGGGAGGUGGCAGUUGGAGACAUUGUGAAAGUUACAAAUGGCCAGCACCUUCCAGCUGAUAUGAUCCUAUUAUCGUCCAGUGAACCUCAAGCAAUGUGUUACAUUGAAACAUCCAAUCUUGAUGGGGAAACAAAUUUGAAAAUACGUCAGGGUUUACCAGCAACAUCCAACUUGCAGUCCCAGGACGACCUGAUAAAAAUGAGCGGAAGGAUAGAAUGUGAAGGACCCAAUCGCCAUCUUUAUGAUUUCACCGGAACUCUACGUCUGGACAGCACCAGUCCUGUUGCUGUUGGACCUGACCAGAUCUUGCUAAGAGGUGCCCAGAUAAGGAACACUCAGUGGGUGAUGGGAAUAGUUGUCUACACAGGCCAUGACACCAAGCUAAUGCAGAAUUCAACUAAAGCCCCCCUGAAAAGGUCAAAUGUUGAGAAAGUGACCAAUAUGCAAAUCCUGGUCCUGUUUUGUAUCCUGCUGGUGAUGGCUCUGGUCAGCUCGGUCGGGGCGCUGUUAUGGAAUAGGAAAUAUGAACAAACCAACUGGUAUCUGGAUAACAAUGAAGCAAUAUCUAACAAUUUUGGAUACAACCUUUUGACUUUCAUCAUUUUGUACAACAAUCUCAUUCCUAUCAGUCUCCUGGUGACUCUUGAAGUUGUGAAGUUUACUCAGGCUCUGUUUAUCAACUGGGACAGAGACAUGUAUUAUGCAGAGACAGACACACCUGCUAUGGCGAGAACAUCAAAUCUGAAUGAAGAGCUUGGCCAGGUGAAAUACUUAUUUUCUGACAAAACGGGAACUUUAACUUGCAAUAUAAUGAACUUUAAAAAAUGCAGCAUUGGCGGAAUCACCUACGGACAUUUUCCAGAAUUUGAAAGAGAACGUUCCUCUGAAGAUUUCAGCCAACUGCCUACUACCAGCGAAUCAUGUGACUUUGAUGAUCCUAAACUGUUUCAAAAUAUUGAAAGUGACAAUCCUUCAGCAUUGGUGAUCCAGGAAUUCCUGACUUUAUUAGCUGUGUGUCACACUGUGGUGCCUGAAAAGGACGGAGAUACAUUCAUCUACCAAGCUUCUUCACCAGAUGAAGCAGCACUCGUAAAAGGUGCAAGGAAAUUGGGCUAUACAUUCACUGGCCGAACACCUCAUUCGGUUAUUAUUGAUGCAAUGGGGAAGGAGCAGACCUUUGAACUUCUCAAUGUUUUAGAAUUCUCAAGCGAUAGGAAGAGGAUGUCUGUAAUUGUCCGAACACCAUCAGGAAACCUGCGUCUUUAUUGCAAAGGAGCAGAUACUGUUAUUUUUGAAAGACUAUCCAGAACUUCACAGUACAUGGAGCUUACCCUAAAUCAUUUAGAACAAUUUGCAUCGGAAGGUUUAAGAACACUGUGUGUUGCAUAUACAGACCUGAACGAGUCAGAUUAUCAGGACUGGCUAAAGGCUUACAAUGAAACCAGUGUCAUCAUCAAAGACAGAGCUCAAAAACUUGAAGAAUGUUAUGAGAUUAUCGAAAAGGAUUUAAUGUUGCUGGGUGCUACAGCAAUUGAAGACCGUCUUCAAGGAGGAGUUCCAGAGACCAUAGCAACAUUGAUGAAAGCUGAAAUAAAAAUAUGGGUUUUAACUGGAGAUAAGCAAGAAACAGCCGUAAACAUAGGUUACUCAUGCAGACUUGUAUCUCAAACGAUGUCACUCAUUAUGGUGAAUGAAGAUUCUCUAGAUGCAACACGAGAAGCGUUAACGACUCACUGUACAAACCUUGGUGACUUACUUGGCAAAGAAAAUGACUUAGCGUUAAUCAUUGAUGGCCAGACCCUAAAAUACGCUCUAUCCUUUGAGGUUCGCAAGUGCUUUCUUGAUCUGGCACUUUCCUGUAAAGCGGUCAUCUGCUGCAGAGUGUCUCCGCUGCAGAAAUCUGAAAUUGUAGACAUGGUAAAGAAACACGUGAAUGCCAUCACGCUGGCUAUCGGAGAUGGUGCCAAUGAUGUCGGAAUGAUACAGACCGCACACGUUGGUGUUGGGAUCAGUGGGAAUGAGGGCAUGCAAGCCACCAACUCCUCAGAUUACUCCAUAGCACAGUUUUCCUAUUUGGAAAAGCUUUUACUCGUCCACGGAGCUUGGAGCUACAACCGGGUGACCAAAUGCAUCCUGUAUUGUUUCUACAAGAACGUGGUCCUGUACAUCAUUGAGCUUUGGUUUGCAUUUGUAAAUGGAUUUUCUGGACAAAUUCUAUUUGAACGCUGGUGCAUUGGCCUGUACAAUGUGAUUUUUACCGCUUUACCUCCCUUCACGUUGGGAAUCUGUGAACGGUCCUGCAGCCAGGCUAGCAUGCUACGGUUUCCACAGCUUUACAAAAUCACACAGAACGCAGAUGGGUUCAACACGAGGGUUUUUUGGGGCCACUGCAUCAAUGCCUUGAUCCACUCCGUCAUUCUCUUCUGGUUUCCACUGAAAAUGCUGGAGCACGAUGCUGUCCUUACCACCGGACACGUUACAGACUAUUUAUUUGUCGGAAACAUUGUUUACACUUACGUUGUGGUAACCGUCUGUUUGAAAGCUGGCUUGGAGACCACAGCAUGGACCAGAUUUAGUCACCUGGCUGUUUGGGGGAGCAUGCUGAUGUGGUUGGUAUUUUUUGGUGUCUACUCAACAAUCUGGCCAGUAUUACCUAUCGCUCCGGACAUGCUCGGACAGGCUGAGAUGGUAUUUAAGAAUGGAUACUUCUGGCUCGGAUUAUUGCUGGUACCUGCUGCUUGUCUGAUUCGAGAUGUUGCAUGGAGAGCGGCUAAGCAUACUUAUCACAAAACACUACUGGAGCAAGUUCAAGAAGUCGAGACCAGGUCUAAACAGAUGGGAAAGGCUGUAAUGCGGGAUUCUAAUGGAAAAAGCUUGAACGAACGUGACCACUUGUUGAAGAGACUUGGCAGAAAAACCCCUCCGAGCCUCUUUCGUGCUAAUUCCGUCCAGCAAAGUGGUGUAUCGUAUGGUUAUGCGUUUUCUCAGGAAGAACAUGGAGCUGUUUCUCAGUCUGAAAUCGUCCGAUCUUAUGACACAACAAAACAGAGGGCCGGGAUAGAAUAACAAGGACUCUGGCGACCAGUGGCAGAAAUAAUGAGCUUUGGACAAUACAUCCACUGUUAACAGAUAUUUGACUAAGGUUUGGCCGCAGCAGCCAAAAACUGGGAAACUCAUUUCUGUGGCCUUUGCCAACUUGUUUUUUUUUUUUUUAUUCCGCCACUGAGGCCUGCAUGAGAAUUAAAUAAACUAUGCAUUACAGGUCUCUCUGGAACCUAAGCGGUUAAUAUGUGCAUUUAAGCAAGUAGGCAGCCUCUUCACAAAGCAAAUGUAUGUUUUUCUUCAUGUGUUGUGUCCGGCUUCUCGAUUUUGUUUUGCUGAAACAGUUGUGUACCUGUCCACUUGCUUAAGAUUUAUAACUCUUCCUACACAGAGAUGACAUAGUCUGGUAUUCCAGCUGCCUAAGGCUGCAACUCCCACCAAGCUCAGCACUUGCUUACACGUAUCAACUUCUAUGAUACAUGGAUUGCAACCUCUGGCCAUCAUAGUUGGCUACAUCUGACGUUGUGCUAUUCCUCUGCUCCUGCACAUUCCAACCAGUUGCUCUACAAUACAAUAAAAAAGCAAACUUUAAUUAAACCUUACAAGGCUUUCAGUGGCUAAGCAUGAUGCAAGUUUUUUGUUUUCAGCUGCUGAAAUUCGUGCCCUGGCAGCUAUAUUUAUUUAUUUAUUUAUCGCCCUAAUCCUGGUUUUCAGUAAAAGAAAAAUCUGUAAAGGGAACUGUGUUAUAAAUCUGCGGCAAAUUCAUUUAUUUCAGUUGAGCUAACUAAACUCUUGUUUGCGUUGAUCCAUCCAAUGAAUGACUACAUAUCCUGAACCGCUUGGAGCUGCAGAACCAAUAAAUCAUGAUCACCAGUAAUAAUGAUCUUCAUUUUUGAAAUGCACUGAUAUACAUGUUGUAGCACACCAACUUAGAUGAAGACACCUGCAUUAUGUAACUUUUCACCUACGUAAACACAUGGCACCCAUUAAAUAAACCUCCCACACACCACGUUUGUAAACUAUGUUAUAUUAAGUUUUAUUCACUAAAUGGAAGGGUGAGUUGGAGGGAUAACCAAGUUGCAAAAAAACAAGUAAAAAAUAAAAAAAUCAAUUCAUACCAGAUAUUUCCCAGUUUUCCCAUUUUGGUGGAAGUUUGCAACUUGUUUGUCAUUUUGUUUAGUGAAUUGACCAUCUGGCAUAAAUAAAUCAGUAUACCCCGUGGUACCUUCGAGAUUAAAGUGACAUUCGUGUUCUUUAUCUGUACUAUUACCUGACUUGGCUUUAUUGAAUAUUUUUUGUGUUCCUUUUUUCUUCAGACCCCCUUCAGUGCCAGAUAAGUCAGUAAACUAUAACUCUACUCUGAGAUGCUUUACGGAACCCCAACAGCACCCACACAGAAGGGGUUAAUAAAAGUGUCUAAAUGUUAACUGUUUUCCAUAUUUAUGAAAUGUGGUGUUUAAUUUAUUGACUAUAUUUUGGAUUAUUUAAACCAUUUUACUUGAAUUUGCAUACAUGUGCUACGCAUUAUCAAA